CGUCGCUACUUGCAUAAGGAUAUAUUGUCUCGUUUAGGCAGAUGAGCUCAGUGCCAGUGCCAGCGUAGUGGAGGUGGCAGACAUGCAGAUGGAUGGCAGGACCACAGCAAUGCUGUCUUGGAUUAUUUUACACUGUUGUGGAACUGCAAGCUCAAGCAGAAGUUCCUACUCCACCCAACCUUAACCAUCCGGCAGUUUUUAGAAAUUAGACCUCCUCUUCCAGAAACUAAAAAGAGAAGAGGCAGUCCGGCAGAUCUUAUUCAUGAAAAAUUUCCCAAACCCUUCUAGUCAGUGGGAGUUUCACACCAAGAAAGGCCACAAGAUGAGUGAUCCUUGUGCUGGGUGCAGGCAGCAUGGUGAGAAAACUACUUGACUGAAAAAGAGAGGGAGCAAGACUCAAGCAUGGAGAGGGAGGGGUCUACUUCUGGACCAGGUGACUGCUGUGAAGAGGGGAACUCACCCACAGCUGGGUGCUUCAGGAAAUGCACCAUGGCUUCGUUUCCUGUCUUGAAGCAAGAGACGUUGUUCCAGAACAGUACCUGGAGCUAUCGAAUUCCAGCCCUGCUCUACCUGCCGCGUUUCAGCAUCAUCCUGGCAUUUGCUGAGGAACGAGAGGACGUGGUGGACGAACACGCCAAGCUAAUAGCGAUGCGCAGAGGCGUGUACGACCCAACCACGCACCAUGUUCAGUGGAAUAACAUGGAGACCAUUGUCAGUGCGCAGCUGAAAGACCACCGAUCUAUGAACCCCUGUCCCGUUUAUGAUGAGGUCUCAGGGAAACUGAUCCUGUUCUUCAUAGCUGUCCCAGGAAAGAUCUCUGAGCAGCAUCAGCUCAGGACAAAGAUCAACCUGGUACGUCUCUGCUAUGUCACUAGCAUGGACCAAGGACGCACCUGGAGCACUGCCCAGGACGUCACCGAUGGUACCAUUAGCACUGAGUACAAGAACUGGGCCACUUUUGCAGUGGGGCCAGGCCAUGGAUUGCAGUUGCUCAACAAGGCCCGGAGUCUUGUGAUUCCUGCCUAUGCCUAUCGGAUCUUGGACCCUAAGCAACACCCCACCCCUCAUGCCUUCUGCUUCAUCAGCUCUGACCACGGGAGAACAUGGGAGAUGGGGAACUUCGUGGGGGAGGAGAGCGCGGUGGAGUGCCAGGUAGCAGAGGUGCACAGCUGUGGCAGGAAGGUCCUCUACUGCAAUGCAAGGAGCAGCAGGGGAGCCAGAAUCCAGGCGGUCAGCUACAACCAUGGGGUGGACUUUGAGGGGAGCCAACGGGUCGAAAUGCUAGUAGAACCUCCCUCUGGAUGUCACGGAAGUGUUACUGCCUUCCCACCUCCCCCUGAUGUCAGAUGCCAAGAUAGUUGGUUGCUCUACGCACAUCCUACAGACCCAAAGGGUCGAAGAGAUUUAGGAAUUUACCUCAACAAAAGCCCUUUAAAUCCAGCACACUGGACAAAACCAAGCAUCCUCUUCAAGGGCCUGUGUGCUUAUUCAGAUCUGCAGUACAUGGGGGUAGGGCCAGAUGGCUCACCCUUGUUCUCCUGCCUCUUUGAAUAUGGGACCCACCAACAAUGUGAAGAGAUGAUCUUUGUAAUGUUUACUUUGAAGCAAGCCUUUCCAUCAGAGUGCUGAGCCUCGAGCCUUUGCAUCAGCAUCCCUCUGAAAACCACCUUUGCUGAUACUUCUUCCCACUGUCACGUCUCAUCUUUCAGCAAAGAUUUUUUUGUACUUGUCCUGCACCUUUAGUUUGGCGUUGGCUUGUGGCGUCUGUAGAUUAUGAAGUCUAUUAAACAUACUAAAACUUGAA